AUGAAUCCAAAGGAAUCUGAGAAGGAGAAAGAAGCCGGAACAAAAAGAAAAAUUUUUGUGGUGGUUGGAAUGGCAGGAAGUGGAAAGACAACCUUUUGCCAAAGACUUUACUCGUGGAUUUCCCAGGACAAUUGCAAAAUAGAUCCGGAAACGGGGUUGAACUCGUCUAUAUACUCGAUCAACCUGGAUCCUGCAGUAGUGAAUGCAAAGAUGCCUUUGAAUCUUGAUAUAAGGGACUCCGUGGACUAUCAUGAGACGAUGGAAAAAUAUCAGCUAGGGCCGAACGGAGGGAUUACUACGUGCUUAAAUCUAUUCCUCUUAAAUAUUGGAGAACACAUUGACAAGAUAAAGGAAGAAUAUGUUAUUAUAGACACUCCUGGGCAGAUUGAGGCGUUUACGUGGUCAUCACCGGGAUAUGUGCUCAUUGAGACGCUUAAGACCAUUGGGAGCGUUAUUCUCAUAUACACAGUUGAUUCUGUAUCUUCUCACAAGCAUGCUGUGUUUAUGUCGAACAUGAUGUAUGCGGCCUCCUUGAUGUGUAGAUACGAGGUUGAGACUUUGUGUCUUUUCAACAAGAAGGAUCUAACUGAGAGCAAGGUUCUCGAGGAAUGGAUUUCUGACUACGAAAGUUUCCGAGACUCAUUGAAUGAGGAAAACAUGUUUUCUCCUGUUUUGGGGUCGAUGGCCCUUUAUUUUGAGGAGUUUUACAAUUCGAUGACGUCUGUGUCUGUCUCUUCGCACACAGGAAGCGGAAAGUCUGAUUUUUUUGAUGCUGUUAAUCGACUGCUGGAUGAAAAGAGUACUUAA